CCAAACCACGAAAGCUUGAGGUCUCUGAACUGACAGACUAAAACAAUACACUAGAUCCAGUUUCAAAUGCAGAAGAUCUCAUCUCUACUUCAUAUCCAGCCCCCAACUUAUGGAAAGCUAAUCACCAUUCUCAGCAUCGAUGGAGGUGGUAUCAGAGGCAUCAUUCCUGGCACUAUCCUUGCUUACCUUGAAUCCCAACUUCAGGAGUUGGAUGGUGAGGAUACCCGACUUGCAGAUUACUUUGAUGUGAUUGCAGGAACGAGCACUGGCGGUCUUGUGACUGCCAUGUUAACAGCUCCAGAUGAAAACAACCGUCCUUUAUUAGCGGCAAAAGAUAUCAAGCCUUUCUAUCUCCAACACUGCCCUAAGAUUUUCCCACAGAAAAGGGGCAUGUUUGCAUCACUUAGAAACAAAUUGAAUUUAUUAGCAGGACCCAAGUACGAUGGGAAUUAUCUCCAUGAAGUUUUGAGGGAGAAACUAGGAAAUAUUCGUUUGCAUCAAACCUUAACCAACGUAGUCAUUCCAACUUUUGAUGUCAAGAAGUUGCAGCCCACUAUAUUCUCCACUUAUGAGGCAGAAGAAUCCCCCUUGCUAGAUGCUCGAUUAUCUGAUAUAUGCAUUAGUACGGCUGCAGCUCCAAUUUACCUUCCUGCUUACCAUUUUUGUAGCCAAGAUAAAGAAGGGAACACUUGGGAAUACAAUCUUAUUGAUGGUGGUGUUGCAGCAAAUAAUCCGG